AUGGAUGAAGAAAUUAUCUAUGUGCAGAACCGCCAGAAGGCCCUCACCACCGCUAAUGGAGAGAAGGAACGGGUGGGGCACCUGCUGCCGCUACCCUCCCUGCUCAUCCAUCCGCGCGUCACCGCUGCUACCACUACCAAGCGCGCCCCUCCCCCUCCACGCCAACUCCAUUCCGACCUCGCUGCCAAGAAGCAGCAGCUUCUGGGGGUGAUGAUGCAGCAGCGGGGGGGGUGCAGUGGUGGGGCCUUUCGGGCAAGUGCACCGCAAGCAACCGCACGUUUCGCUGCCUUUGGAGGGGUGCGAGACAUGUUGCUUUGCAGUGGGGGUGUCGGAUAUUCGGCCUCGUACCGGUCGGGUCCCCCUCCCAAGCACGCCCCUCUGUUUGCCCCACCACCCACUCUCAUUGCCAAUCUGAGGCCUUUUGUCGAGUCUGAGAGUGGGAGGGGUGGAGAGGAGGAGGAUGAAGGGGGAAAGGUUUGGUGGGUUGCAGUGCCGCGAUCCUCCCUGCCACGUGGCAGUCUGUCGUUGACUGUCGUGGCCGUGGACUCGGGGGAGAGCGCGUGGGGGUGCCAGGUGGUGCGCUGUGAUUUGCUCGUUCCGGAUGAGGCAUGGGGGGAGGAGGAGGGGAGUGAGGGGGAGAAGGGGAGGGAGGAGAGGGGGAGGGAGUGGGUGGUGCAGGAGGCAUUGGAUCCAGCUAAGCAUUACCAUGAGAGGAGGGCGGUGGAGGUGUGGAGGAGAGGAGAGGUGCACCGCAUUGCUGACGUGGCAAUGGCGCAGGUGGCGAUAUUCGAUUCUAUCGAGCGAGCUCACGGCCUAUUGGCCAGCUUCAUCAGCCCGUCAGAGCGUGACACGUGGCAGCAGCUGGCGUUCCUGCUACAGUGGCCGGGCAUGCCAGCAGGCGGCAAAGUGGACAAGCUGCAGCGCUUCGGCUCACACGAGCUGCACCUCUUCCUCUUCUUCCAUGACAACGCCUUCUUCCUUGAGCACGUGCGCCCUGCCGUUGCUUCCAAGCUCGACCGAUCCUUCCUCGACCUCUGGCUGCUGGGCGACCUUGACGGGGUGCUUUCGUUCUGCGCGCUGCCCGCCUACCUCAAUCUCAACGCGCUAGAGAGGUGUCUGCUGGGGCUGGCCGUGUGCUUCCACGUGUUGCUGCAGCACAGGGGGCAGCGACCACUAGACUGGCCGUACCAGACCCACAUCAUCCAUCCCACUGAAGGCGUGUGUAGCAGGGGCCAUCUGAGGGUGAUGAGGUGGGAGCAUGGUGAUGAGCCUCAGAUGCGGGCCUUGUCAGCAGCACCAGGAGGGGGAGGGGGAGCAGCAGAAGGGUUGCGUUUCAUCUGCGAUGGCUGUGGCGCUGAUCCGAUCAGGGGACUCCGCUACCGCUCCCUUGUGCGUGACGACUACGAUCUCUGUGCGACUUGCUUUGCCACCAUGGGCACACCAGGGGAGUACGAGCGAAUUGACUCUGGCGCCCCAUCCUUUGGAGCUGGAGCGGCUGUGGAGGAGGAGGCGUCACUGCCCAUUCCGGCAACCCAGCAGCGCCCUCACAAGGUGGACGUCACAAAACGCUACGCCGAGACACAUUACUAUAAGCGCGCACUGAGCGAGCAGACACCGGACCUCGUCCCCUCCUCUCCCUUCUGGGUCGACUUCAUGCGCCACAUCCUCUCUUCUGCCGAAGCUGCUGCCGGACCUUCUGCCGAACCUGCUUCCACCUCCACUGCUGCUCUCUCUGCCCUUUCCAUUCUCGGGCUCCGCUUCGGCGGCAAGAUCAGGCAAACCGGUGCUUGUAACGAGGAGGCUUAUAACAAGGAGACUGGGGGGAGGGCGGGUAUGGGAGGUGGGUCUGCUAGUGCUGUGGAAGGAGGGGAGGAGCAUGGGUUUUCGUUUAGAGGCACGUCGGUUACAAUCACACCAGCUUCGCCCAUGGUGUCGGGCAGCGAGCCUGACGUCCUCCGCAUGCUGCAAGGCCCCUCCCUCCGCUCGCUGGACCUCGCCCUCCUCCUCCCCCUCAUGCCCCACGCGCCCCUCUACCACUCCGUUACCUCCCUCCUCCGCCGCCGAAAGCUCUAUUCAUCCUCCAUAUGGCAAUACUCGCUCUUGCAUAAGGACCCUCGGGGAAUGUCUGAGUACCUGGCGUAUGAACCGGCCUUCCUUGCUCGGCUCUCUUCCCCGGUUCUCCUCUCCUCUCUGCUGCAUAUUGAGCCGGGUGCGGCAGGGGCGAGGCUGUCGCUCCGGUACCGGCUGAACGGGAGUGCCAGUGCGCUAGGCUCGGGGCUAGGCUCGGGGGUAGGUCCGGUGUACGAGCAUGAGGAGUUCCUUCCGCUGCUGAACCCGCGGGCGCACAGUGGGUUCUUGGAGGUGUGUGCGAGGAGGAAGGGCGGCAUGAACGCUCAGGAGUGCCUGGCAGCCACCUACUACCUGCUGGUGCAAGACCGCGUCAAGGAGGCCCACCUCAUGUUCCUCCGGGCAGCCUCCGGAAAGAUUUUCACCCUGCCUGACACGUGGCGGGCAGCACUGUGUGGUGGGAACGGGAGUGGUGCUCCUGCUGUGGCUGAUGCUGAGACUCCUGCUGAAGCUUCUGCUGAGGGUGCUGAGGGUGGCACGAGUUCUGCUGCUGGUGGUGCUGGUACCAUUAGCAGCAGUACAGGCAGCAGCUCUGUCCCCUUUACUGACCUCCCCAAUACAGUAAAUGUGCAGCUGGCAGCAGAUUACAUGGCCGCUUUUCUCGACAUUCUCCUCUGCCCGACCGACCGCCUGCCCAUGGUCGCCCGGGCAGUUGCGAAAAAGGGGGAUAUCAUUGCGCAGGGUGGUGUGAAGGGGCAUGGAGUGGCUGGGGAGGAAGUGCAGGCACAGAGUGAUAAGGGAAUGGGAGGAGGAGGAGGUGGAGGAGAGGGGGCUGGUGGGGGUGGUGAUGCAUGGGAGUGGGAGGAGGACGAUGACUGGGUGCUCACAGGCAGUCAACCCCCAGCAGGGACAGCAGGAGGAGGAAUUGGAGCAGUGGGAGAAGGAGCAGCAGCAGGAGGAGAAGCAGGAGGAGCAGCAGGAGGAGCAGCAGGAGGAGCAGCAGCGGUUGAAGGCACCACUGCUGCUGACCAGGACAUGGCUGACGUGGCACAGCUGGCGGAGGCAGUGGAGGAGGACAAGACAGCAGUGGACCCAUUCUCCCUCAAGAGGACCUCCGGACCCAAGCCCUCCCAGGAGCCCUUCCUUGACGCCAAGCUGCUGCCCCCCCCUGCUGCUCCUGGUACAGCCGGCACUGAACUUGGUACAGUCACGCCGGGUACAGUCACGGCAGCAGUGGCGGCGGCGGCGGUGGUGGGGGUGCGGUAUGCGAAUGUGGAGAGCAUCCGAGUGGACGUGUUUGCAUUCGACGAGGAGACCUUCUUCUCCUCCUCGCCCUUCUCCCUGCUCUCCAGCGCAGCAGCAGCCGCUGGGGAAAGCAGUGUGAAGGACGGCAGCCGUGGCAGGAAUGGGAAGGCAGGAGGAGAGGGUGAGGCAGUGCUCAUCACUGUCUCCACGGAUGCUCUCUCCACCACCCUCCUCAGGCCUGUGCACGAGUCUCUUGUGGUAGAGGUGGUGGAGAGGCUGGGUCAGCUGAGAGUGCUUCGCCGCAUUCCCUCACCCACGUCCGCACCUGCUGAUGGGACUUCUGGUAGUGAAAAAGCAGGGGCAGUGGUGGGCGGGUUGCAGUCAGCACAGGGCACUUUGGUGCCGCUGCCUGGGGCGUAUGUGAAAGUUUUCUUCCGCCCGAAGUCGAGAGGGGUUUCUUACCUGUUCAGCGGCAGUGCAGGGGAAGAGAAGGGUGGGGCGGAGUUUUACAAGGAUGGGUACACGGACAGGCGUGGCUGGUUUGACUACGCGUUUGUGAGCACAGAGGAUGUGGAGAAGGUUGAUACGUUUGCUGUGCUCGUGACUAAAGAGGGGGCGGGUUCAGUUGUGCGCCAUGUGAAGCCUCCCAAGCGGCGGAAGUUGCUCGUUCGUCGCCACGCUGCAGGUCGCCAAUCAAGUACCGCCACGUGGCUGCUUAAGCUCCACGUGGCUCAUCAGCUGCAUCUCGAUUCGAUGGCCAGUCGCGCACAUCCGCUACUGUCAGCGACACUGGUACAGAUGCUGCUGUCAGUUACAUUGUUACAGCUGCGAGCGUCGCCAACGUCAGCUGCGACAUCCCCAGCCGAUCUAGUCGCGACGCCCGCGUCCGUUACUGUUUCCGCACCGACGGGUGUUUUCGCAGCUGGUGGGGUUAUCACAACCGAUAGGGUCACCACAGCUGCCGAAAUGAAACCGGCAAAACCGGCUGGCAACCGGUGCGAUAUGCUCGCCGGCCGCUGGAUGCGAACCCACUUCCAGCCGCGGCGCUACACGGGUCUCAGCUGCAAGAGCAUCGACACGCAUUACAACUGCGAGAAGAACGGGCGCGGCAACCUCAAAUACCUCGACUACGAGUGGCGCAUCCCCGGCUGUAACAUCAAGCGCUUCGACCCCUCGGUGUUCCUCUCCGUUCUGCGCAACAAGGUCUUUAUGAUCGUGGGGGACUCGUACGCGCUCAACCUGCACGCGUCCAUUCGAUGCCUCAUUGAGUCUGUCGCAGUCACUCAGAACUUCAAUGGGAGUCUCUUCAAGACGGGCGUGCCGGCAAAGGGCUUCAGAGUGCCGUCCCACAAUGCCACUAUCAUCCGCAUUGCGUCGGCAUUCCUCCUGUAUGGCGAGCCUGAUGGCGAGCGCAGUGUGAAGAGCACGUGGACGGUAUGGUUGGAUAAAUUGGACCCCGAAUGGGAGGCCCUGCUGCCCUUCACCGACUAUGUGGUCAUGAGCGCCGGCUACUGGUACACCAGCGCCCGAGAGGAGAAGCGCCACUAUCUCGUGAGCAACAGCCCCAACCAGCUCUCCUGGAACCCCGACCAGCGCACCACCAUGCAAACCGCUCUCUCCACCAUCGUCACCCACUUCAACCGCAUUAAAUACCGCGGCCUCCCCAUGUUCCUCUCCUACACCUCUUCCCACUACGGAUUCGAGCUCGCGGGCACGAAGGCGGGUAGAGGGGCGCAGUAUAAUUGCACGGACGCGUGGCGGCCAAUCGGGUGGCGCCAGGUGUCACAUAGGGAGUGGGCGGUGGAAGACAUGCGGUCACGGAAUGCGCAAGUGCAGAUUCUGCGCAAAGCAAAGAACUUCAAGGUUCUGGACAUUACAUAUUCCACGCUCUUCCGUCCCGAUGCUCAUCUCAAGACCCACAAUAAAGGGGAUGGAGGGUUUGACUGCGCCCAUUGGUGCAUACCAGGUGUACCCGACAUGUGGUCUGACCUCAUUUACAACUUUGUUCUGAAUGACAAGAAAUAA